AUGGACGUCAGAAUGUUUGUUAGUGGCAGGAGAGUAAAAAAAUGGCAGUUUAUUCAGUUAUUUGCCACUUGUUUUGUACUAAGCCUGAUGUUCUUCUGGAUAUCGAUCGAUAAUCACAUCGUGAGCCAUAUGAAGUCCUACUCUUACAGAUACCUCAUAAAUAGCUACAAUUUUGUGAAUGACAGCCUGUCUCUUAAGCGCAGCGAGGAGGGGGUUCCUCGUUACCAGUACUUGAUUAACCAUGAGGAUAAGUGUCAAGCGCAAGAUGUCCUGCUCUUACUGUUUGUAAAGACUGCGCCUGAAAAUUACAAUCGCCGUUCUGCCAUUAGGAAAACAUGGGGCAAUGAAAAGUAUGUUUGCUCUCAACUUAACGCCAACAUCAAAACUCUGUUUGUCUUAGGAACACCUUCUGACCCACUGACAAGAGAAAGACUUCAGAGAAGGCUCGUUUGGGAAGAUCAGAUGUACAGUGAUAUAAUUCAGCAAGACUUUGCUGAUUCUUUCUAUAAUCUUACUCUUAAAUUUCUUCUCCAGUUCAGUUGGGCAAAUCGCUUUUGUCCACAUGCCAAAUUCCUCAUGACUGCUGAUGACGACAUAUUUAUUCACAUGCCAAAUCUUAUUGAAUACCUUCAAAGUUUAGAACAAAUUGGUGUUCAAGACUUUUGGAUUGGUCGUGUUCACCGUGGUGCUCCUCCCGUUAGAGACAAACGCAGCAAAUACUAUGUUUCUUAUGAAAUGUACCAGUGGCCGGCUUACCCUGACUAUACCGCUGGAGCCGCCUACGUGAUCUCUGGUGAUGUGGCUGCCAAAGUCUAUGAGGCAUCACAGACACUUAACUCUAGCCUUUACAUAGACGAUGUGUUCAUGGGCCUCUGUGCCAACAAAAUAGGGAUAGUACCACAAUACCAUGUGUUUUUUUCUGGGGAAGGUAAAACCCCUUACCAUCCUUGCAUCUAUGAAAAAAUGAUGACAUCUCAUGGGCAUGUAGAAGACCUUCAGGACCUCUGGACGGAUGCCACAGACCCAAAAGUAAAAACAAUUUCAAAAGGUUUCUUUGGUCAGAUGUACUGCAGAAUAAUUAAGAUAGUUCUCCUUUGCAAACUGACCUAUGUGGAUACAUAUCCCUGUAGGGCUGCCUUUGCCUAA